AUGGGGCUAGAGGACGAGCAAAGGAUGCUGACCGGGUCUGGAGAUCUCAAGGAGGAGGAAGAAGAGGAGGAGGAAUUAGCAGAUCCCCUGAAAACAAUGAGAGGGCAAUGUGAGCAGAUGAAGAAAUGUGUAAAGUCUCGGGAGCGGCUAGAAUUCUGUGAUGAGCAUGUAUCCUCCAGGUCACAGGCAGAGGAGGACUACACAGAGGAGCUCUUUGAUGACUUGCAUGCAAGGGACCACUGUAAGGCCCACAAACUGUUUAACAGCUUGAAAUAG